CAAUGUUCGAAUUCGCCACAACCAAGCCACAGCCAUAAUUCGCUAUAACCACCACGGCGCAAGACAUAGAGUCACCGCUCGCUGUCGUAGAAGCAGCACGGGAAUUCAAACAGUCAAUGUUCUCUCGUCAUGGGCAUUGGCCACGACUCGGAGAGCUCAGAGCUCUCUGCAUCACAGAUCCGACAGGCAAUCGACGACGAAAUUGCUCGCUAUUCACGCUACAUUAUCGAACUGAAGACGCGCCGAAUACACUCGCACCUCGCGAUAUUCUUGCACAUGGCUGAAUGGCGCCGCGGGCACCCGCCCCAGAUCGGGAGCCUUGGUACCGCUGGAUCUGGUCUCCCAGUUUGCAAGCACUGGCGUGCUGUGGCACUAGGCUGUCAUGCCUCAAGCGAAUUGAUGGGCGCGCUUUUGGAGCGAUCCCAGAGAACCUCGUUGUCAAAGAGCGCGAUACGCUUGGUUCUCUCGCACCUGGCACGUAUUCGCGUGCUGUCUAUCACGACACCGAUAGCGAACUGCGACACUAGUGUCUUUCAGCUACUCGAUGGACCCGCCCUCGACUCGAAUCACUCAUCCUCCGGAGUGACAGCCAUAUCGGCUUAUGCAUCAUCCCGAACCCACAAUCUCCGGCGACUGGAGCUGCACACAUUCCUGCUGAGGUUUAGCCAGAUCUCGCUGCCACGUUUGACCCACUUGACGAUCAGUCAAGUGAGCCGCUAUGAUACUUACCCGACUCCCGACACACUGCUUGAGACUCUCACCCGUAUACCUCUCCUCGAAGAGCUCGUGAUCGAACGUGCAUUCCCGCGGCCUCACCAAGGGAUAUUCCCGGCGAGUACCACUGCUGCAUUACCUCACCUGCAGUACCUGCGAAUCGGCGAGUAUGAGGCGCCGAUCACAUCAUUAUCCAAAGCCCUUGCUAUGAAGAUGCGCAGCUUAGGCACACUCCGUACGCUGACUGUUGACAUGUGGUCUAAGCGACUAUGUGCAUGCACCGAAGACAUCGACAGAGCCAGUGGUGCCCCGCAAAUCCUGGAUAGGGACGGCACAAUACACUACACGCCUAAUUUCGACCUCCGUCUCGAGUGGUCUCCAACAGCGAAACCGGCGGAAGACCUCUUCACAAAAUUAUUCCAACUGGCCCCCAUUAGAAAGGUCCGCUGCCUGUUUGUCGGGUCGUUGUCAACCCAGCUGUGGCUGGUGCUGAGCCGGCAUACACGGCAAGUCUCGCAGCUCUAUCACCGACCGCAAUGGAGUAACGACACCCUACCCAAGCGCGCCACGAUGGAGAGCGUAUACGUUGACAGACUGCUUGACUGUUUCAUCGAGCGGUACGAAGCUGGUGCGGAGAUCAAGAAAUUGCGCGUCUUGCACCCUUGCAACUUCACGAGUGCAGAUCUGGAUCGGCUCAAGGAAGUCGUGCGUUGUGUGGAAUGGGACGGGAGUUCCUCUGACCUCAAGGAGUAAUUAUGCGAUUCGGAAGAGUACGGUGUAUCCGUCUUAUGUUUAUGUAGUAGAAUAGGCUUGGAUAGCCAGGAACUGCCAUGCCACAUUUUGUGAGUCACGGUACUAGUACUGUGCCACCGGUGACCGCAGACACCUAUGCUCGUG